ACAAUCCUCACCUACACAGACAUUCGAUUUCUUCAUCUUGAUGGUGAAGUAGUAUUCUUGAAUGAACAGAUAUGAGCUUCUCAAAGUAAAAGAGUUUCAGUUCGGAUGUUCUUCGUGUGAAGUUGCUUCGCGGAAUUUUUAUGAUUAUACCCGCUAAGCGGUACACCCACACAGUCACAGACACACACAUCAAUGAACAUUGCUUAUCUACUUUAGUAGAGGCAAAAAUAGAAAAUAACCGUUGUCUUUUUGUUUUCGGUUUGGAGGAAGUAGAACGAGGAAUAAGAUGUACCGAGCUAAACUGGAGAUCAAUUCUUCGGACCCCACGCGGGGCCGGAUCGAGGUGCAACACCAGCACGUGAACGCAGGGCACCUGAUCCAGAAGACCACGAUGCCCGACAAGCAGGCCGCGAGCAAGAAGCCGGAGAAGGUGAACUCCGAGUCCCUGAAGCAGUCCAUCGCGCAGUGGCGCGCCGAGUUGAAAGCCAAGGAGAGCAACGUGGAGCAGCGGGUCACCACCCUGGACCUGAUCGACCUGUCCGGGCAGGAGAUCGGCACCGCGGGCUUCGACGCGCUGAUGGCGUUUCUGCGGGAGUUCGACCUUGGAUUCUCCAUCCUGAAGGUGUACAAGAACCACCUCGGCAACGAAGCGGUGAAGGCCCUGGCCGUGUACCUGAAGGCGCAGCGGCGACCGGUGCACGAAAUCCACCUCUCCGACAACUACAUCACGGAGGAAGGCAUCCGGAUCCUGUUGCGGUCCAUCGGGAGCUUGCCCCGGUACCCGGCGGUGAACAUGAAGACCACGGCGAACGGCAGUCUGGAACUGCACCUGCAGAGUCUGUACGUGCGGGUGGACAGCAACAUGAUCAAGCAGAAGACCAUCACCGAUCCGGCCUUCCACGACGAGCUGCGGACGAUCCGCAACCAAACGCAGAGCAACUGGUCGGUGAAGACGUCACGCAGGGGGGAGGCGAAGUCGGGCAAGAAGGCCAACGUGUUCGAGUGCGUGGAGGACAAAAACGUCUCCCUGGGGUUGGACAAAAGGAAAUACCGACUGCAGGACAUCGGGUUCGUGGGCCGCGAGCCCUUCAGCUACCCGACGCUGCUGGAGGCGCUGCCGCAGGAGAUUCCCAUGGUCAUCCUGUUCAAACUCGGCAUGCAGUGGGACCGCUCCAGCGUAAACCCGAGCUCGAUCCCCGCCGGCGUGCACGAGCCGAGGACCUUGAUGCUCUUGCCGCAGCAGGUGGGUAGUACUUCGAGCGGGGCGGGCGGUGGUCCGCUGACCAACGUGUUUUCCCCGGCACAGCACGAAAAAGGAGCGAUAGCUGGCCCCGGGGCAGCGGCAAGCAGUUCGGCGGCCCCGUCGAACGCACCGUGGGCAGCAGGAGCAGACUCGAAAUUGUCGAAUGGCAGCAGCUCGUCGUCAGUGGCGGAACCCCCGGGGGGAAAAAAGAUGACCGACCUGGAGCGCGCCGAACAGCUUUUAGGGCCGGAAAAACUGGACUUGCCGAUCUCCCUCAAACAGCACAUGCGAAAACGAAUAUUCGCGGCGCAAACAGUGGGGCGCCUGGACAUUGAUCCGGAAGAGAGAAAAAUAGAGGAAAUUCGUCCUCCUGGCGGCUGUGCAUUUCCAGAGCCCGUGGUCCGGACAGUGUUUGCACCGAGAGGAAAUGGGGCGGUAUUUUUGAGUUGUAUCAUCUUUUUUUGGAGGACAAAAAAGUAGUGAUAGGGACAAUCAUGAGUCGCACUCGCGAACGCGAUCUACUGCAUGUUGUUGCACUUAGACUUAGAUAAUGAGCGGCAUUGCAUAUUGGGCUCACGCUCACACAAACACAGGGAGCAUGAUCGUGCGUCGAAUUUGUCAAAAUAAGGCUGUGAAAUACAACAAAGUAAAUUAUCCGACAAAACAGACAAGUUCGUCCGCCGGAUCUUCCUCAGGCGGCGGGAACCGCGUCAACGGCACUACAACUGAAGCGACACUUCCGGCUUCCAUAGCAGCGACAAGUCCUCAUGUCCCAGCAGUCACAAGCCGGACCCCAACGUCGCGUCAGGCCCCGCUGUCAAACGGAGUAGGAACCAGUACGACAACGGCGUGGCCCGCCGCGGCUGCAACUAAUGCUUCACAAGGCAGAGAGAUACGAGCGAACUCCCAGGCGUCGGCACCUUCCUCGCAGGCACCGACGUCCCGCGCUUCCAGGGCCGAACUCACCGCACCGCACCCAGACGCGACAACGCUCGGAGAGACGCUGCUGGACCAGCUCCUCGACGCGGGGGAUUCACCGGAGGACCAAAACGCGGGCGCCGGAACUGUCUCUCCACCUGAUGAAUCUCCCGCGACAGACGUGGAUGUGACCCCAGGUAAGUAGUAAUUAUGUAUAGUACUCACGUAGAUCAUGACCUGAUUUCCCGACGCCAUCAUACAAUCAUUGGUCCUUGCUGCAGCUUCAAAGAAACCGACGAAAGUGAACGCGCUAGCGAGCUGCAAGUAAGUCUUGCAGUUGCAUGUUGCUUUUCAUCAGGGCCUCCUUCGUGUGUGAUAAGUGAUAUCCAAGAACCCAGAGGUAGAGGAAUGAGUCAUAUUCGUGAUUAUGACACAACGUCUGUCAUGAAGAAGAAGAAUAUUUCGUAUUGAUUUAGUCCAACUCUAUCACAUCAUCUUCAAUAUCAGACAUGGCGCAGCCGAACCAGAGCCCGCCCAUCCUGCCGGCCAAGUGGGUGGCUGAAGGCGGCAACAUGCCGGACGAGUUACUGUUUACUUUCAUCCAGUGUCUCCAGACUGAUCUGCAGGGCUACUUCCGUGAAGCCCAUUCGGCCAGCACGUUUGCCCCGCCACCUGACAACUUUAUCCGGGAAGCCGUGCUGUAUUUUGGACCGGAAAAACACGAAGAGAUUCUGGACUACGUGCGUCAUUGCGUCGAGGACUUGAAGUCCGACCUGAGCCGAUUCUUGUGAGAACCACGGUUCUAGUUGUACCUAUGCAUCUGGGGCGAUGCUCACAUAUAUCCAGAACAACGUCAACAGCACGGGCGUGCUGGCGAGCGUGUUUGUUAUACUCAUGGCUGAACCUGCACCUCCUGCGGCCGGGCUGUCGCAACGUUUGUGCCACUUCUACUUGCCUCGCAGAUUGUGACGAUCCAUUAAUUUUGCGGCGCUCUUGUGGGCUCUACUUACGCGCUCAAAGCCCUUCGAGACAGAAACAACGCGGAUCCGCUACAGGAGCCGGCUGUGCUUUGUCGCUGUUUUUAGAAGUGUCCCGCUAUCAAUCCAUCAUUCAUAUCUUUGGUUCAAAAGCUGGCGAGCGCACGGCCACAAGUAGUUUUUCAAUGGAGUAAGUACUUACCUCUAAGGUGCCGAACUGCCAAGCACGAGGACACCGGUCGAUCGGGGGUGGUGCUUCAGCAUCAGAAGACGCAUUCGCGCCUCUUCUUCUGUCUGUCGUGCGUCGCCCCCUGCUGAGGCCGUUGGAGUCCAUCUCGCUUUUGCGUUAAAUUGUCUUUACUUACUUUUCUAGCGACUACAAUGCGACACUCAUGUUCAUCAUGACCCUAACAUAGACAUAGGACGACUUUUUUCCAAGAAUAAAGAAAAAGAACGAACCGCGUUGACGAUUAUUCCGGCCAUUUCCACCACACAGACUGCC